GAACGUGGAUUAUAGUACGUCACUUCUACACACUACCGCGCCGCAUCGAGCAUGCAUUUUCAAUGUGCAUGCCAUUCGAAGACCCCGCCUGAGACGAAUACUACGGAUAUAUACUACCGUGUGGAGAUAUAGUUUCUGAUAAAUACGCUGGACAACCUCAUGGUUUCUCAUAAUUUUUCUACCUCUUGAUUUGGAUAUAGCAUUAUACUAGAAUGCCAAGCACACUUUUCACCGAAAUGGAUCAUAAUACUGAUGGGUUGGAGGACCAUCAAAGGGCCCUUCAGUCGUUAGCCUAUAAUUUGUCCAUGCUCGGAAUAAGCAACGAAGACGAUGGCCCAUCAGCUUUGGAUGAUAGGGGAAGGAAAAGCAGUAAUAUGACGGAAUGUGUCCCCGUACCAAGUUCGGAACAUGUUGCGGAAAUUGUUGGUCGACAAGGUUGCAAAAUCAAAGCUCUGAGAGCGAAAACCAACACCUACAUCAAGACGCCCGUGCGUGGCGAGGAACCGGUUUUCGUUGUCACAGGCAGGAAGGAAGAUGUCGCUGCAGCCAAGAGGGAAAUUUUACAGGCGGCAGAGCACUUCAGCCAAAUCCGAGCAAGGCGCAACCAGGGUCACUCGGGAGUUCCCCCAGGUCCACCCCCACCCAACAUCCCCGGGCAGACGACGAUUCAGGUGCGAGUGCCCUACAGGGUGGUCGGUUUGGUCGUGGGGCCAAAGGGAGCUACCAUCAAGAGGAUACAGCAGCAGACCAACACGUACAUCGUCACACCAAGCAGGGAUAAUGAGCCCGUGUUUGAAGUGACUGGACUACCCGAUAGCGUUGAUCAAGCGAGGCAGGAGAUUGAAGCUCAUAUUGCCAUGCGCACUGGAGGUUUGAUUGAUUCAACGAGUCCAGAGGAUGAUUUCGCCAACAACGGUACCGACAGGGGAAUGGUCGAUGACAUCAGUCUGUACAAGACUGGUCCAAGUCCGUUUGCUCAACCGGUCGGUGGUGCUAAGCCCAUGAUACAGAGGAGCAGCAGCGAUAACUACUUCUUCCCCACCACCAACAUCACCACAACAUCAUCAACGUCAACAACCACAACAAAUGGUACCACAGAGUUCAACCCUCUUGCCAACUCCUUCACCUCAACAGCAAGGUCCGCUUAUAACCUGUUCAACGGUUCGUCACCAGAGUUGGGCAUGGAUUCCCAAGCAUAUGAAGGUCCUUUGCCAGCCACUGGAAUCCCCACCCAGCAGCAGCUCUCGAUGUGGCAGGACCUGACGGGGGUCAAUGCUGCCUUUGGGAUGCCUCAGACGCACGUCAGGCGCAGCAGCAGCAUCAGCUCCGGGAGCAACGAGCCGGCCGUCAACGGGAUCAACGAUCAUCCACCAGCGAGGCGCAUCCGCAGUGAUCCCUUGAACGGUGGGCUAUCGGUACUUCCAACGCCCCUGCCUUCCGCCUUCCCCGUCACGUCGUCGAGCAGCACAUGCAGCAGCCCGACUGACUCCAUCGGCUCUGGGUCCCUCUCGGCGCAGAAGAAGCAGUGUAUGGUUUGCAGCGACAAUGAAAUUGUUGCUGCCCUGGUGCCAUGUGGCCACAAUCUCUUCUGCAUGGAAUGUGCCAACUCAUUGAUCAACAAGGAAAACGCUCCCUGUCCAAUGUGCCAUGAGCCCGUCACUCAAGCCAUUCGUAUCCAGUUCACGUAGGAAUACGCCCCUAGAUACAUCUGGCUAUAACCCCCCUCAAAAUGUACACAUUCUUGUUGAGUUUUCAACAUAAAUCUAUAUAAAGUACUCCCCUUAUGAAGAGAUAUUUUUUCAUAUGAAUUUUGUUAUAUUUCUAAUUUUUAGAGGUCAACAUUUUUGUCUAUUUGAGUUGUGAGUGAAAGAGAGUGUUUCUUAUAAAAAUGCAAAUAUUCAUUUUUUUAUUUCAUGUGUAUUGUGAUAUGUAGUAGAAGAGAUUAUGAAGGACAUCAAGUAUUUUAUUCAUCAUACAAUAAUAAAAGAUUCUAUUUGAUACAAUAUGUCUACAGAAUAAAGGUCUUAUUUAAUUUGAAUUUAUCUGCUGGAUGUACAUUGUUAGAGCUUUAUUUAAGAGAGAAAGCAUUUGGCUUGUACAGUAUACCUAUUCAUACAAAUGAAGAGUAUUAAACGAGAGUUUUCAUUCUAUCGCAUAUGUGACGAGUAACCAUGACACUUUCAGUUAUAAAGACAAAGAGAGAACCAUGGAGAUAAUGAAAUAUAUCUAAGUAUUACUUCAAGUAUAUUUUACCCUGUUGAUAUUUUAAAGCGCUGUGACAAUAGAGGUUAUUUUUAUUCUAUUCGUAUUGGUGGGACUGGAACCCAUUAUUUAGGUGCCCGUGCCAAUAGGCCAUGCAUAUAUCCUGCAUACUCUUUAUUAUUAUAUUUGUACAAAAAAGUAAAAGAUACUGUUCAUAUUGUAAUUUAUGUUGCACCUCAUUUUAGUGUUUUUUUAUUUUUAAUAUAUUUCAAAGCAGUUAUGUAUACAUGUAUAUGUAGCAUUGCUAUAUUUGACCAAAUAUUCCAAUGGAUUUGAUGUCUAACUGAAAAUAUGGACGAAGAGAUAUCUCAAUUUAUUUUCCAUGUAAACCCAACCUGCAUUCAGCCAAAACAUGUAUUUCAGAUGAAAAAUAGAAAAAUACAUAAAAAAUAAAGAGAGUUUUAUUUUUUGUCAAAAAAAGUCUAAUGUAUAAUUGAUAUGUUGCCGAGAAGUGAUUGUGUGCUGGUUUUUUGUACUUUGAGCUUUUUUUUUUAUGUUAGGAAAAAAAAUCAGAUCCUUCGGAUUUGAAUUUUUUUGUCUCGAUGUUGACCAGUUUUUUGCCAAGUUUACAGAUGUUAUGACAAAGAAAUGAUAUAAUUAUAUAUUAAGAUAUAGACUUAUGAUGAGAUGAAAUUUUGCUAUUUUUGUAGUUAAAACAAAUUAGGGUUGAUUCCUCUUACGAAAUCUCUGAAGAAGAAGAAGAAAAAUUUGCUGCAAAUGUAAAGAUUUAAUAACUUUCCUGUACAUGAUACAAAUCAUUGAUAUGAUGACUGAAUAUAGGAAUGUUGAUUAGUGCACUGUCUUUAUUUGUUAUCUGAGCCAACUCCUUUUGUGUUAGUAGAUGGAAAUAAAAUUUCAACCACCACCAUCAUCUCUGUAAUAUUGAGCCCAUCAGUGUCUUAUAUGACCAAUCAAUAACCUCGAUACAUUUUUAUUUUUGCUAAUAGCCCUAUGCCGCGUAUACAUGGACAUAACUCACUUUGUACUCGUACCAGCUCUCGUUCUGAGGAAAGAAGAAGAAGAAGAAGAUAAUAUUGAAGUUUUUAUUAACUCUUGUGUCACCUUGUCAAAGUCUUUGUGUGCGAAUCGUGUGGUGUAUGUGUUAUGUGUCCAAAACUACAGAUUUAUUGUACAAGAAAAUAAUUAUUUGUGACCAAACUGUGAUGUGUAUUUACGUGUAUUAUACUGUAAAUGUUAUUUUUGUUAUAUUAUUAUAAAUACAGAAAAUGCAAUCAGUAGAAGUAAACAAAAGAAAUGGACAAAAAAUGAAGGAAGACAGAUUUUUUUUUCUUUCCAAGAUAUUCUUCAUGGGAAUUUAAAAAAGUCUGGACCAAGUACAUUUUUGUGCAUGCUUACCAUCACUCUCAAAAAGGUGCAAAUUGUGAAAUAAGCCUCUAGGUUUUGUUUCGUUAGGAAUUACUACACUAGUAUACAGUACUUUCCGGGCAUGUUUUAUGCAGUUGUAAACAUCACUUCAAAUAUGUAUGUUACAUGUUAUAGACUAGACCCUGUGUCCUUGCCCGUAUAUCAUAUAGGCCUAUCACUCAAGUAAAAGUGCUAUUUUUGUUUGAAAUAAAAAGUUAAUUGUUAGUAUUUAGUACCUCCUUUCUACCAGAAAUCAGUAUUUUUUUAUUAUCCUUUUCCAUUUUUUCUUAUGUAUAAUUCUGAGGAAAAUUUAAGUAAUCAGUAGAGCUGAACAUAUUUUGUUUAGUUAAUCUAUGCAAACAAAUAAUGCCAGUUUUUUCUUAACAAGGUUUUGCAUAUUGUCUGAAUAUUUUAAUUGUAUUUUUCAAAGUGAUAAUCAUUACAGAGUAAACUUUCAUAGUAACGUUUGAUACUCAAAGUAUGAUCAUUUAGCCAAAUAAUUAUUCAAUUAUAGAAAUAUGACUAGUAAUCAAAUUAUAUAGUAUUUAUGGAAGAAAAUCUACCCAGUACUGUUUAUGAACGAUGACUAUAAAAGACUACGUAAGAUUUGCAACAUUUAGCGUGACUGUUAUUAUCAUGUGCAUUACGAGUUGUAUCAAGCAAACCCACUGACAAAAAGAGGUUAUUUUUUCUCUCCUGAGAAAUUCAUGUGAAUUUGUUAGGAAAGAUGAAAUUGUUUCAUGGUCUCAUAUCCGACAAACAUCACUCUUGCACAAAAGUCAUUUUUGGAUGAAAUGAUAUUUCUUCAAACAAAGUUUUUUCAGUGUUGUAUCACCUUUUUUAACCUGUUCAUGCAAAGAAUUCCAGAGAAAGAAUUUAAAAGUUGUGUUCAAGCAAUAAAAAGCUUAAAUUUGUUCAGAAA